CUCAUUCGCUAUUUUUCGAACAGCGGAAAAAUACCGACCAAAUUAGAAAAUGGCAGUGAAAAGGGACAAUAAGGCACAGCUUAUAGAUAUAUGUUUCUCAUUCCAUACAAUUAAUUUAUAGCACGAUAAAUACCCUCAGUCCCCAAGAAGAUGUUGAAUUGAAACUCAGAAGGGAGAAAGUUAUGUCGAAAUUUUUGCAAUUUUCAGAGCAAGAUGAAAUCUUUUUCCUGUCAUAUCCCUGGUUGUUCGCCAUUCUAGCCAUUUUCUUCGUAGUCCUACUCAAGCAUAUUUUCAAUCCUUCCACAAGCAACGCAAAGCUAGCAUUGCCACCGUCUCCAUCAAAAUUUCCAAUUUUCGGAAACCUCCACAAUAUUGGUUUGCAACCUCAUCGGUCACUCCGUGCCUUAGCUCAACGGUUUGGCCCUCUCAUGCUGCUUCGCCUUGGCAGUGUGCCAGUACUUGUUGUAUCCUCUUCUGAUGCUGCCCGUGAGAUCAUGAAAACACAUGAUCUGACAUUCGCAAACAGACCGAAAUCAAGUAGCUCCCAGAAGCUUCUCUACGAUUAUAAAGAUGUAUCAUCCGCACCUUAUGGUGAGUACUGGAGGCAAAUGAAAAGCGCAUGCGUGCUACAUUUUCUAAGUAACAAAAGGGUUCAAUCCUUUCGCGUUGUAAGAGAAGAAGAAACCGCUCUCAUAAUUGAUAAGAUUAAAGAGUCUAGUUCUUCUGCUUUGCCAGUAAAUCUAACUGAAAUAUUUGCUAUGCUGACAAACAAUGUUAUCUGUCGAGCCUCCUUAGGAAGAAAGUACAGUGAAGGGGAAGGUGGGAAGAAGUUUAAGAAGCUUUUGUGCGAGUUUGGUGAGUUGUUGGGCGGUUUCAAUGUUGGGGACUAUAUUCCAUGGCUUGCGUGGGUAAGCCGUAUCAACGGAUUGGAAGCGAAAAUGGAGAAAGUGGCUAAGGAGUUUGAUGCUUUUCUGGAAGGAGUGGUUGACGAACACAUGGACCGGUAUAAGAGGGGGCAUAAUGAUCAUGACGAUACCAGGCUUCAACAUGAAGAGCAAAAAAGCUUUGUGGAUGUUUUGCUUGAAAUUCAGAGGGAAAACACGGUCGGCUUUCCCCUUGAGAGAGUUAGCGUUAAGGCUCUUAUCUUGGAUAUGUUUGCCGCUGGUACUGACACUACAUACACAGUCCUGGAGUGGGCAAUGACAGAACUCUUGAGGCACCCAGAGAUUAUGAAAGAACUGCAAAAAGAGGUCAGGCAAGUUUGCGGUGACGAAACGUACGUAUCGGAGGAUGAUCUGGAUAAGAUGCACUACUUAAAAGCUGUGAUAAAAGAGUCUCUUCGUUUACAUCCUCCAAUUCCAUUGCUAGUUCCAAGAAUAUCUACAGAAGAUGUCAAGAUCAAGGGCUAUGACAUUGCUCGAGGAACUCAAGUUAUUAUCAAUGCUUGGGCAAUCGGAAGAGACCCCCUGUCGUGGGCGAAACCAGAAGAAUUCCUUCCGGAGAGGUUCUUGAACAAUUCCAUAGAUUUCAAAGGACAUGACUUUGAAUUGAUUCCAUUUGGAUCUGGAAGGAGGAUUUGUCCAGGUAUCCUAUUUGCAAUGAAAAUAAAUGAGCUCUUCCUAGCGAAUCUGGUGCACAAGUUUGACUGGUCAUUGCCUGGUGGAGCAAAGGAGGAGGAUUUAGACAUGGGUGAAUCCUUUGGCCUUACCACUCACCGAAGAUAUCCUCUUAUAGCUAUUGCAAACCCAUCUUCUUUCUAGCGGAAAGGUAUUCUUUGUUUACUUCUUAUUUGUUGAAAAUAGGCCUUGAAGCAGGCUAUUUGCUUAUCUUAAGUUGAACGGCUGCGCUUUUCCUUGAAGCAGAUUUUUAUCUCCUGCCUUUUGCGUUUCGAAAUAAUGUAGGGUUUGGUAUUAGGAGCA